UAAAUUCUGAAAAGAAAAUUUGGAUGAGUUAUAGAAAUAAUCCUAGUAAAGAUUAUUAUAUAUAUUAUCAAGUAGCAGGAGGUGGUUUAGAACCUUAUGAAUCAUUUGUUGAUUAUUGUGAAAUCAUGUUCAAAACUGUGAUCUAUUUAACUAUUAUUGAUGAAAUUCCACAACUAACAGAACCUGACAGAAAUUCUGCAUGGGAGGCAUAUACUAUCAAUGAGUUUAAAAAUCUUAAAGUUACUGAUUCUUUGAGACUCAAAGAAUCAGUAAUAAUUGAGACCAUCAAUUCAAAAUUCAGAAAUCAUAGAAAACUUGAAGAUUUUGGAUUAUUAGCUUUUGAUGUUAAAGUGAAUUAUGGAGAUAAUGGUAUUGAUAUUAUCAUAACAUAUAAGCAAAAACUUAUUCUCGUUCAAUGUAAAAACACUGAGAUGCCUAUACCUGUUCAAAUUGUACGAGUUUUUGAAUCAGCUAUUUCAAGAUUUGCAUCUGAUUCUCUUGGAAUUAUCAUGUAUAACAGUGAAAAGUUAAAAGAAAAAGGAAAGUUUGCAACUCUUAAAGCAAAACAAUAG